AUGUCGACAAAUCCAGAUGUUGAAAAUGGAAAAAUGGAGAAAAAGUAUCCUUUUGAGGAAAAGAAUAAAUGGAAUAGGAGAAAGGCCAUCGCAAUGACUCUAUGUCAAUUUGUUGCACUCAUAUCCACCAUCAUAACGUUUCGUUACUAUUAUCUCUACUAUACCAAGAAAGAAAUCUGUGUUGUUUACGAGUACACAAAAAAAGUGACCGGUUAUCAAAGUUUUGGUUGCAUGAACAUUAUUGGCAUUUUUGUUGGCGGUUCGGAUUUUUACUAUUGGUUAGGCAAACAUCGAGAGAAACUAGAAAAAAAACAAGUUGACCGGAUUGGAUACUUUGUUGAUGCUUUGCAAUUAAUAAAACUCAUCUUACUUGUUCCGAUAUUUAACUUGGAGCUUUUUGAAUAUAGAAAAAGUAAUGAAGAUAUUGUUUUUAAAUUGUUGUUAAGUGUCUUAGUUCAAGCAGCUCUUGUGGUUAUUUCUUUAUUUUCACUUAUCACUAGAAAAAAUGUGUGGGGAUGGUAA